CUCACAUCCAUCUAUCUCCUUUACUUCUUUUCCCUAAAAUUUCCUCUUACUCUACCAUUAUCUGUCCUUUUUGAGAAUCUGGUUUCUACCACCUGCUGGCCGUUCCGACAAAUUGACAUUCUUACCCUUAAACCCACUCGACCACAGAUCAACCGCCAUGGGCAGGUUCGGCUUCAAAAAGUCCGGGGACGAGGACGAUUCCUCCAACCGCCUGGCGCUGUUCGGCUCCCGAUCGAAGAGCAAGAGCCCAGCACCUCCGGCCAACCCCUAUGCCAAACCCAUCCCCACUGAUCCCUACACGAAAGCCAAGAUCCAAGCUGGCGUCGCCCCUCUUCCAGCUGGGGAGCAACCCGCCGCUCCGGCCCCUGGUCCCGCCAGCAUCCCCGGAGACAAUAAACAAGGCUAUGCGCCGAACCGAUAUGGAAACCAGGGUGGAUAUGGAUCGGAUCGCUUCGGGGGCAGCGCCAACAGUGGAGCGUCGCCAGCAGCCUCCCGGUACGGCCCCGGUGGCUACGGAGGGCUAGGCAGCACCGAUCCCAACGACUCCGCCGCCGCGGAUGCCAACAGAGAUGCACUUUUCGGAGGAGCAAGGGAACGAGCAGAGCAGCAGCAGCCUCAGGCCGGCGGUCCCCCGCCGCCCUACUCGGAGGGCGGUGCGGCCUACGGCGGCGGCAGUAACGACUACAACACAUCGACCUACCAGGAACGGCAUCUGACCGCGGAGGAAGAGGAGGAGGAGGAGAUCCAGACGAUCAAACAGGAUAUCCGCUUCAUCAAGCAGGGGGAUGUGGCUUCGACCCGCAACGCGCUCCGCAUUGCGGCGCAGGCGGAGGAGACCGGUCGGGAGACGCUGGCUCGGUUGGGCGCGCAGGGCGAACGCAUCCAUGAUGCGGAGCGGAGCUUGGACGUGGCGACCAUCGAGGGCCGAAUUGCCGAGGAGAAGGCCAAGGAGCUCAAGACCCUCAACAAGAGCAUGUUCGCGGUGCACGUCUCCAACCCCUUCACCAGCGCCCGGCGGCGGCGCGAGCGCGACGAGCGGAUCCUGGACACCCACCGACAGGAACGGGAGACCCGCGACGGCACGCGGAACGAGGCCUUCAAGACCAACCAGCGGAUGGAGCGCACGUUCCGGGAGAUCGACCGCGAGGCGAGCAAGCAGACCACGCGGGGCCGGACCAACGUCGCCGACCGUGCCAAGUAUCAGUUCGAGGCGGAUAGUGAGGACGAGGCGAUGGAGAACGAGAUCGAGCAGAACCUGGACCUGCUUGGCGGUGCCGCAAGCCGUCUGAACGGUCUCGCCAAAGCCACGGGCCGGGAGCUGGACGAGCAAAACCGUCACUUGGAACGUAUCACGGGCAAGAGCGACUUUGUCGACGAGCAAAUCGCCAUGAACCGUGCCAAGCUGGACCGGAUCCGUUAGACAUACCCCAUAAUAAACGUUUUGUUGACUGCCUGGCGCUGUCGCACUUUUCCCUUUUUCAAAUGCACAUAUCCCAUCUGCUCGGCGUUCCUAGGUAUACUACAUUCGUACUUGAUGAAACACUACAGUUGAUAUUAUCAAAAUACUGCAGAAUCUUGCUUGGCGGGAGGAAGUAAUUGCAAUACAAUAGAAUUCUGUGCUUUGCU